AUGACCGUGCGCAUGCGCGUCUUUGUUGACGAGCAGCACUUCAGCGCCGAUGCCGAGAUCGACGAGGACGAUGCGCGGAGCUGGCACUGGGUCAUUUCCGCUACCACAGCCCCCGGCACCAGCAUCCCAGUCGCGAAACCAUACGAGUUGCUCACUCACCCGGAGACAAUCCUGGAAUCCUCGUACGACUGGACCCACGAGCCCUGCAUCAAGCUCUCUCGCGUGGCGGUCCUGCGGGAGUAUCGAGGCCUCGGACUGGGUCGGAAAUUGAUCCAAGUGGCUCUCGAGUGGGCGGCACACCACGCGGCGGAGAUCGACGACGCGGCCGCUCAGGUGGCGGCGAGGUCUCAUUGGACCGGAAAGCCUGCCCGCUGGCAGGGAUUAGUAGUGAUUCACGCCCAGGCGGAUGUGGAGGGGAUGUACAGGAGGUCAGGAUUCCAGACAGACGAGACCUUGGAGCGCUGGGACGAGGAGGGGGUCGAGCAUGUCGGGAUGUUUCGACGGGUGGAGGUGGCGAGGUGA